UUCAUUGGCCGUUUAACGUAACAAUAAUCUCAUCUAUUGUAUCUUCAUAUUUUAAGGGUUUGCAGUAAAGAGAAGAAGCCAUGGUCGUUGCUUAUCAGCAGAACAAUUGCAUUUCGUCUCUCACUCGCUCGUCUCCACGUCCUCUUUUAGUUCUUCCUAGGGUUUCAAGUUUAAUCAUCAAGAAUCCAAGGCGUUCGUCUACAUUUCCAUCCAUUGCUCGCAGAAGCCAUUGUUUAGCAUGUGGUGCCGAUACCUUAGUCGCUGGCUCGCGUAAAGAAGAUGGGAAGUCUUAUGGAGUUGCCAGCAAGAAAGAAGAGGAGAUUGGAGAUCUAAAAUCUUGGAUGCACGAGAAAGGACUUCCUCCUUGCAAGGUUGUUCUCAAGGAAAGGCCCUCGCAUGAUGGGAAGCAUAGACCGAUACACUACGUUGCAGCCAGUGAGGAUCUUCAGGCAGGAGAUAUUGCAUUUCUCGUCCCGAAUUCGUUGGUUGUAACCCUCGAUAGAGUUCUUGGGAACGAGACAGUGGCGGAAUUAUUGACAACAAAUAAGCUCUCUGAACUGGCCUGCUUGGCAUUGUAUCUCAUGUACGAAAAGAAGCAGGGAAAGGAAUCUUUCUGGUAUCCAUUCAUAAGGGAGCUUGACCGCCAACGAGGGAGGGGCCAGCUAGCUGUAGAAUCUCCUCUUCUAUGGUCAGAGACUGAACUGGCUUAUCUUAAUGGGAGCCCUACAAAGGCUGAAGUCCUUGAACGAGAUGAGGGGAUCAAGAGAGAAUAUAAUGAACUUGACACGGUCUGGUUUAUGGCGGGGUCACUAUUUCAGCAAUAUCCAUAUGACAUACCAACUGAGGCCUUCCCAUUUGAGAUUUUCAAGCAAGCUUUUGUUGCAGUUCAGUCAUGUGUGGUGCAUUUGCAGAAAGUGAGUUUGGCAAGAAGAUUUGCGUUAGUUCCUUUAGGUCCACCUCUUCUUGCGUACAAAAGCAAUUGCAAGGCGAUGCUGACACCUGUAGAAGAUGCUGUUCAAUUGGUAGUUGAUCGUCCAUAUAAAGCUGGGGAACCAAUUGUUGUCUGGUGUGGUCCACAGCCAAAUUCAAGAUUGCUUCUAAACUAUGGUUUUGUUGAUGAAGAUAAUCCUUAUGACCGUAUGGUGGUUGAGGCCUCCCUGAACACCGAGGAUCCUCAGUAUCAAGCCAAGAGAUUAGUUGCUCAAAGGAAUGGAAAACUAACUGUACAAGUUUUUCACGUGUGUGUAGGAAAAGAAAAAGAAGCUGUGUCAGAUAUGCUUCCUUAUCUGCGACUAGGCUAUGUUUCUGAUCCAUCUGAGAUGCAGUCAGUUCUUUCUUCUCAAGGCCCCAUAUGUCCUGUGAGUCCAUGUUUGGAGCGAGCAGUUUUGGAUCAACUUUCUGAUUAUUUUAAGGAUCGGCUUGCUAGCUACCCUACUACUAUGGGUGAAGAUGAAGUUUCAUUGGCAGAUUGCAAUUUGGAUGCAAGGAAACGAGUUGCUACCCAGCUUGUCAGGUUGGAGAAGAAAAUCCUGAAUUCUUGUCUUCAGGCUACAACUGAACUAAUAAAUCAGUUACCUGACCACACUGUAUCUCCCUGCCCUGCUCCUUAUGCUCCUCUACUAAAAUAAACGGAUUUCUCAAUGAGGAGGUCUACCAAAAUAAAUGGUAGCCUUUGUUGUAUAUGAUCUUGCUGAGCCAAUCCAGAUUGCAAAAGGAUGAAUUGUUGGUUGUAUCAAUUCU